AGUACUUCCACGGCUUGAUGCCCUUGCACAUGCGCCAUCGGUCAUUAGUUUCGACUCGCAAAGAACUCUGGGUAAAAUCGGAUUCCAAACAUGGCGCUGCACGUACCACGCGCACCGGGCUUUGCCCAAAUGCUUAAAGACGGUGCAAGGCAUUUUUCUGGUCUUGAGGAGGCUAUCUUUAGGAAUAUUGGGGCCUGCAAAGAACUGGCUAAAACAACUAGAUCAGCUUAUGGUCCUCAUGGACAAAACAAAAUGGUUAUCAACCAUUUGGAAAAGCUUUUUGUCACCAAUGAUGCAGCCACUAUUCUUCGAGAGCUUGAAGUUGAACACCCUGCUGCUAAAAUGCUUGUGAUGGCAGCACAACAGCAAGAACAGGAAUGCGGGGAUGGGACAAAUUUUGUGCUUGUAUUUGGUGGAACUCUUUUGGAGAGUGCAGAAGAGCUUUUACGAAUGGGUCUGUCUGUGACUGAAGUGAUCGAAGGCUACGAACUAGCAAAUAAGAAGGCACAGGAGAUCCUUCCUACUUUAGUUGUUGGAGAAGUGAAGAACAUGAGAAGCAAGGAGGAAGUAAAAAGUUCUGUUCGCACAUCUGUUAUGAGCAAGCAGUAUGGAAAUGAAGAUUUCUUGGCAGAUCUUAUUAUCAAUGCUUGUGUUUCAGUGCUGACUUCUAAGAUCUCUUUUAACGUGGACAAUGUCAGAGUGUGCAAAAUUUUGGGUUCUGGUGUACUGCAAAGUGAAGUGGUGCAAGGCAUGGUCUUUAAGAGACAGGUAGAAGGAGAUGUCACCAAAGUAAACAAGGCCAAGAUAGCUAUAUUUUCUUGUCCUCUUGAUGCCAUGCAGACAGAAACAAAGGGUACGGUGCUGAUCAAAAAUGCAGAGGAACUCAUGUCAUUCAGCAAAGGAGAAGAGAACCUGAUGGAGCAGUAUAUCAAAGGCAUUGUAGAUGCUGGUGUGAAUGUGAUUGUGACUGGAGGAAAGGUUGGAGACCUUGCGCAACAUUAUUGCAACAAGUACAAAGUUCUGGUUGUUCGGCUCACGUCAAAAUGGGACCUUCGUCGACUAUGUAAAGCUGUUGGUGCUACUGCUUUACCCAAAAUAACAACACCAAGAACAGAAGAAUGCGGCCACUGUGACAAUGUAUAUGUUGAUGAAAUAGGGGAAACAUCUGUUGUAGUCUUCAAGCAGGACAAAGAUGAGAACCCUAUCACAACUAUUAUCAUAAGAGGAUCGUCUGAGAACAUCAUGGACGAUAUUGAAAGGGCUGUGGAUGAUGGUGUCAACACAUUUAAAGCUCUUACAAAGGACGGAAGAUUAAUUCCAGGAGCAGGUGCAACAGAAAUUGAAUUGGCCAAACAGAUAACUAGUUUAGGAGAGAGCUUGCCAGGUUUGGAGCAGUAUGCUGUUAAAAAGUUUGCAGAAUCUUUAGAAUCUGUCCCACGUGCACUCGCAGAAAAUGCUGGCAUGAAGGCUACGGAUAUUUUGUCAAGACUGUAUGCAGCUCACCAGGAAGGGAAGCAGACUUCUGGUGUUGACAUUGAAGAUGCCUCUAGUGUAAUGGAUGCCAAAGAGUGUAACAUUGUCGACUUAUUUGUGAGCAAGUCAUGGGGAAUGAAAUUUGCAACUACUGCUGCCUGUACUGUACUCAGAGUAGACCAGAUCAUCAUGGCCAAGCCAGCUGGGGGUCCAAAAGCCAAAGAGAACAAAGAUUGGGAUGAAGACUAACCAGAAUACUUACAGACUUAUUGUGCUGCAUAACAUCAUGAUUCAUUUGGGACUCCUUUCUGGCAUAGCCAUGUCAUUCCUGCUGUUGGGCAUGUAUAUGUGGAAAUACUGGGAAAUGUCUUAGAAGCUGUUGUACUGUUGGGACAUCACAGUUUCAUAUUCUCUUUGCUGAAGGUUUUUUUUUCCCCCUCAAACCCAUCAGUUUGAAAGAAUGUGCAAGUCAAACAUUGCCUCUCUUUAAAUUGAUUUUCAAAAAUCCAUCUUGUUACAAAUUUAUUAGCUUUUAAAAAGUGAUUUUGCAUAGUUAUGGACAGUACACUACAGGUCUUCCUGCUUCCAAGGACAGUUCUCUUUUCGGAUUUGCAGAUUAUGAUACACGUAACUUGUUUGGGUUACAGGCUCAAUGCAUCAUUAGACACAGUGGUACCACUGAAUGGAGUAUUUUUCCAGGUGACUUAUUUAUUACACGAAUACUGAAAGUAUCAAGUGCAUAAAUAUUGAAUUUUCACAUUUUGGACGAAAUCCAAAUUGCACCGCAAUGCAAACUAGUUUCUAAAAAUUCCUGAAGUACUAAAAAGUACCAAUAGCAUUUGAGAUUAAGUGCAUAUUUUGUACCUACUACAGCUUUUAAUUAGAAAAGGCUAUUGAGAAGGGCUUUACUCUGCCAAAGCUUAAAAGAAAUUAGAUUUAACUUGAUGCAAGAAAGAUGCAUUGUAACGUAAACCCUACAGAUUGUGAGCUUUUGUCAUUAUUAUUAUUAUUAUGCUUGGACUAGGAAUGAACAAUUGAAGAACUUGCUAUCACAGGCCUUGUCUUAACUUUUUUUAAUGUAAACAUUGUGUUUUAAGUUCCACCUCAGUUUGCCUGAUUUUUGAAAAAUUUUGUAAUUAAGCAGUUGACAGUAAACUGAUAAUUCUUCAA